AUGUGUGGGAUACUGUUGUUUAAUAGCAAUGUUCGUUGCCAAACUACUGCUCAGGAUGUUUAUUUGGAAUAUACCGAGGGGGAUGAUAUUAUAAAGCCUAGUGGGAAAGAUGCUAUAGAUAAGAUUGUACCCUAUAUUGUAGCUAGAGGACCCGAUUUUUCAUCUUUUAGGUGUCUGAAGGAUGUGAAUACAUGUUGGUUCUCCUCAAUAUUAUCAUUGAGACAACCGUUCACAAAACAAAGUAUUGUCAUAGAUGGAAAAUUUGUAUUACAAUUCAAUGGUGAAUUAUAUAAUAAUGCAAUUGACCAAAAUGGGAAUGAUACACAAUAUAUUGUGCAACUUUUAUCUCAGAUUAAUGUCCUGGAUAAAUUAUUGUCACAACAGCAGAUCAUCGAUGUGAUACGAGAAUUGGAUGGUGAAUUUGCAUAUACUAUUAGUGAUCUGGUGAAUGAAGUUAUUUAUUUUGGUAGAGAUACGAUUGGGAAGAGAAGUCUCAGUUAUUGCACUGAUUCAGAGACUCAUGAUUUAUAUGUAGCUAGUAUUACAGGCACCACUUCAAAAGAUUUUAUAAAUUGUAUUGGAGGUCAAAUAUAUAUCUUUGAUAUCAAGGAAAGAAAUUUUAUUAAUACAACGUGUACUAUACGAAAUAGUCCAUACAAUGUUACCUCUAUGAUUGAUGAAGAUAUGAAAGGUCUUAUCACUAUUACAAAUGAAUUGUUCCAGCAAUUGACGAAUGCCGUCUCUAAGAGAAUUACUACUAUUCAUCCAACUCAUAUUGAAAACUCACCUAUUGCAGUAUUAUUUUCUGGCGGAUUAGAUUGUUCAGUCAUUGUAGCAUUGAUCUGUGAAGAAUUAAUGAAGAUACCUAGUAAUAGUACAGUAGUGGAAUUAUUAAAUGUCGGGUUUGAAAACCCAAGAACUGGAUUGCAACCUGCUGUUACACCUGAUAGGAAACUUGCGGUUUCAAGUGCAAAAAUCCUAAAAGAAUUAUACCCUGAUGUGGAUAUACGGUUAGUAGAGGUCGAUGUACCUUACAAAGAAUAUUUAAAAGUAAGGCCAAAUAUUAUUGAUUUCAUGUACCCUAAAAAUACGGAGAUGGAUCUUUCCAUUGCCAUUGCGUUUUACUUUGCAUCAAGAGGUCAUGGAUUCAUUACUAAGGAUGAUGGGACAAGGUAUCAAUAUAAUCGUAAAGGGGUUGUGUUGUUUAGUGGACUUGGUGCAGAUGAAUUAUAUGGUGGAUAUCAUAAAUUUGCAAAUAAGACCACUCCAGAACUUGUAGAGGAACUGGUUAGACAAAUUAAUAAUAUACAUGACAGAAAUCUAAACAGAGAUGAUAAAGUUAUAGCAGAAAAUGGUGUAGAGGUCAGAUACCCAUUUCUUGAUGAAUCUGUCCUUAAGUAUUCCACAUCGUUGAUCCCAAUUAAUUACAAGAUAAACAAACAUAUCCUUCGUAAUGUAGCGAGAAUGAAAUUAAAUCUGGGUACUAUUGCUGAAGAGCCAAAACGUGCCAUCCAGUUUGGUUCAAAAAGUGCAAAGAUGACUAAAGAUGGUAACAAAAAUGGAACUGAUAUACUUAAAUAG